AUGCUUCCGACUCCAGACACAUCGCAUGUACCAUAUGAACGGGUAUACGAACCUGCCGAGGACUCGUAUCUCCUCUUAGACACGCUCUCGUCCGAUUCAGAGAUAAAAUAUCUCCAACAAGCCUUUCCCGAUCUUGCGCCCCUUGUGGUGGAAAUCGGCACAGGCUCAGGCGUUGUCCUCGCUUUUGUCAACGCACAUGCGCAUAAACUCUUUGGCACGCGCCAGGUCCUUACUGCUGGCGUCGACAUGAAUGCCUUUGCAUGCCAUGCGACCGUCCAGACUGUUGCAAAGGCAGAGUCUGACAAUCCCGGUACGCACGCCUUAUAUCUGGGCUCUUGCAUGGGCGAUCUCACAACACCGUGGCGUGAGGGCAGCAUCGAUGUACUCAUCUUCAACCCACCAUACGUGCCGACACCUGAGAUGCCUGCCAGGCCAGAAUCAUUCACUGCCGAUGAUUUGGAAGCUAGCGCGAAGCCCUCUUUUGAUGACGACUCCUACCUUCUCGCAUUAUCCUAUGCCGGCGGCUUAGAUGGGAUGGAGACAACAGACAGAUUGAUUGAGGCACUGCCCCAGACACUAUCUCGCCGUGGCUGCGCUUACCUCCUCCUCUGCGCCCAAAACAAGCCAGACCAAGUCAAGAGCCGGAUAGAGCGGUUCGGGCCGGAAUGGCGAGCACUGACUGUCAGGGCCAGUGGUAAGCAAGCCGGAUGGGAGAAAUUGCAGAUCGUGCGAAUAUGGCGAGACUAUAUAGGCGUCGCAGAAUAA